AUGUCGGGCUGCUCGCUCGUGGCCGCUGGACUGCCAUCUCUUAUAGGGACGGCAGUUCCAACCUUCAGCUACGAUUAUUCCAAACAUGUAGCAGGCGACGUCUUCGGCAUUCAAAUGACUUACAUGUCCGGUACAUCAACAUGUUUCGCUGGAACGAAGCCUAGCUUCACGCCUGUCAUCUCGAACACCUUAGCACAAUACACUCAAACCUGUUCGUACGCCACGUCCGGCGCCCCGGCAACCUACACCGGUAUCUUCUGUGGCAGUGCUGCUCUCACCAACUUCCCGAACACUGGUGCUUUGACCAUCAACAAUGUUAUUGGCGGUUUACUGCCACCUCCCCUUCCUCGCGCGUUUACAGCCACAUUCGGUGCAUCGCCCGCACCCGCUACUGUCGCUACCACAACGGCUCUUGUCACUACAACGACAACGCAAACUAUCCUUGCACCUGGUGGUCGUUACCAGUGUUGCACUGGCUACAAGUACCGUUAG